ACGUGGUGUUUCACUGGGCGGAGCCGGCCCCAGAAGCUGAAGGGGGUGAAGUCUAGGACGACAAGGUAGAACUAUUAAUCGUGCAGGCUUGGCGGACGAAUAUGAAAGGAGAAUUACUGGGGAUAUUAUUUGGCAAGGUGGAAGAAGGCCAUCUUGACGCGAUCAUGGACGAGUUGUUGGUGUUUUUAGCGCAGUUGGUGGACGAUUUACCCCUCGACCUCCCGUCGAGGUGUGACGAGAAGCCAAGGACAGACGUGCUCACUCGCACGCUUGUGCCGCAUCUACUGUGGUCCACGUGUACGGAGUUGGACGGGGAUAACUGCUUUUACCCGUCCCCGAGCCUCUAUCUCGAAAUCGACGUCACUGAUCUCACACUGUGGGACUCUUUUGUCCGGCAAGGAAACGCGCUAAGAGCUAGUGAUGAGGAAGAAGAAGAAGAGGACGAGGAAGAGGAGGAAGAAUCGAGCACUGAUCAAGACGACCCCGAUUACAUCGAGUCAGGGGAAGAAGAGGAAGCGACGGGAGAAGGAAGUGGAUCGGGAAAGUCGAGCGACCAUCUCAGGCGAAAUAAAGAGGAGGAAGAGGCCGAAGCUCAGCGAAGACGAGAGAAAGCGGAGGGCAAGCGGUCGGUCGAAUAACCUGAAAGGCCGCCACCACAGCUACUGUUGGGCGAUCCAUCGCUAAAUCCGGAACCGCCGCACGGAGAGUC